AUUAUAAUCAAUGAGUGGAUUCACACAUUAUAGGAUAGAAACUACUGAAUAAAGAGGAGAAGGGUUUCCUUCUUAGAGAAACUUAUAAUAAUAAUAUGGGAACACAUAAAUGAGGUGAAUAAUUAAAAUAUUUCAUAGAAAUGACGAAUAUCGAAUUUAGGUCAUUCCUCCAAAUACAGAAUAAAUUGUGGUAACUGAUUAGGCCUCAUUUUAGAAAAUAAUUGAAGCAAAAGAAAGAGGUAAAUUAAUUCGUUAUAAAUUAAGAAAUAACAAAUCUUCGGGAAAGUGUAAAGUCGUUAAAUAAUCAAAUAUAAGAUUAAUUGAAGGAAUUGGAGAUAUGGAAGAACAAAUGCAGAUAACUUCAAUCUGAAAAAGGUCAAAGUCGAAUAACGAUGACAGGAUAAUAAUAAAACGAUUGGGAAUUAUAGUAGUUGAGAGAAGAAGUUAAUAGAUUAAAAUAAGAGAACAAUGAUUAUAAAUUUAAAUUAGAGAAAAAUGUGAGUAUGGGUUAAAAUGAUUUGGAAGUGAAUAAAUUGAAACAAUAAAUAAAAUCACUAGAAGAAUAGCUUAGAUCUAAAUCUUAUACUUAGAUAACAUCUUUUAAUAGUAAUAAUACAUAGGAAAUCAAUUAGUUAAAAGAUUAAAUUAGGGCACUUUAACAAGAAAAUGAAGAUCUUGUUAAAGCAAAGAACUUACUCAGUUAAUAAUUUUAGUAAUCUUAAAUAUAAUGGUAACAGAGUACUUUUAGAAAUAAUUAAAAUUUUGAUACAGAUUAAUCUAAGUUAAUAUAAAAUGAGAGAGAUGAUUUAAGAAGAAAGCUUAAGGUAUUGGAGGAUCGAAUAGCAGAAUUGUAAUAAGAAAACUAAAGAUUAAAUUUUAAUUGUGAUUCUUACAUUUAAGAAAUAUAAUAAUAUCAAUUGAAAUUCAAUUCAAAAACCCAAAAUACUGAAAUAGAAGGAUAUUUGAAAAGGAUUUCUGCAUUAUAACAUGAGAUAUUGGUUUGGUAGGAUAGAUACAAAGCCAAAGAGGUCUAAGAAUUAUCAUAUGCAUAGGAAUAGAGGACAGUUUAAAAGGACAAUUAAAUUCUGUUUUUGUAAGAGAGAAUUAAAUAAUAUGAAGCCUAAAUGGAUUAAUUAAGAUUUGAAUUAGAUAAAUAUAGAAAAGAUUAUGAUGGAUAAAAAGGCAAUAAUUAUGAUGGUAGAAGAACGGAUUCAGGUGAGGUGGAGAGUUUAAAAAGAAAGAUUGCAGAAAUGGAAUCAGAUAUUUAGAUAUUAAUUGCUGAUCUCUAAGAAAGAGAUUAAAGAAUAAGUAUAACAUAGAAUGAAUAUGAGGAGGAAAUUAGAAUUUUAAAAAGCUAGAGUUAAGGGCAAUAUUAAAAUGAAAUUAAUAAAUUACGAGAAGAAAAGGAAAAAUACAGAUUGGAUUAUGAAAGAAUAUCAAAUGACUAUAUGAAUGUUUAAAGAUAAAGUGAACAAUAUAAGAAUAAUUCUUAUGAAGUAGAUAUCUUAAAAUAGAGAAUAGUUGAACUUUAAUCAUAAAUUAGAGAUACUACAAAUUAAUACUAGUCUCUAUAAAGUUAACAUUCUUAAUUGUAAAUUCAAUUUUAAAAUUAACAGUAAUCAUAAUAAUCUUCAUUUUAAAUUAAUAACUUGAGAGAAGAUUAUUCAAAAUUAUAAUCUUAAUUCAAUUUAUUAUAAUAAGAAAAUAUCCAAUUAAAAUAAUAGAGACAAUAAAUUGAUAGCAAUUCAUAUUAAUUUAAAAAUAUGUAAAGUGAUUAUCAAGCUCUUUAAGAUAGAUAUAAUCAGUCAUUGAAUGAAAUUUAAUAACUAAAUGAUUAGUUACGUAAAUAUAGAAGUGAUUAUGAUUCUUUGAAUUAAAAUUAUAUUUAAUUUUAGAGAGAUAGUGAAAUUAAGUUUUCACAAACAAAUAAUAAGGAAAUAGAUAUAAUGAGAUCUAAAAUUUAGUAAUAUGAACAAUAAAUUUAACAAUUGAGAAAUUAAUAGUAAAACUAAGAAAGUUAAUUAGAAUAGUAAUUUAAGGAGAGAUUGAGAGUUGAGAUGUAUUAAAUUGAGUAAAAAUUGAAUAACUAGAGUUAGAUGGAAGUGUAGUAAUUAUAAAAUUAAUAUAAUUAUUUGAAAACAUAAUAUGAUUAAUUGUAAAAUAGAUAUUAAGAAUAAACAAGGGAAAUAAUGGUUGUUAAAGAAAAAUCUACAAGGGAAAGUUAAUUUGAAUCUUAAAACUUAAAGGAAUAGAUAUAAUAAUAUAAAUAAGUUAAUAUGUAAUAGAAUUAAGAGAUUUAAAAUUUGAAAGAUUAAAUUUAAAAAUAUAGAAUAGAAAUUGAAUAAGUUGGUUAAAAGAAUAUGAUGAUUUAGAGAGAAAAAGAGAUGAAUUAAUAAAAUUUAGAAGAAGUUGAAAAGUUAAUGGCUAGAAUAAGAGAGUAGGAUUUCAUAACUUAAUAAAAAAGUCAAUAAAUAAAUUAAUUAUAGAUGGAUCUUAGAAAUUAAGAAAUUCGAAUAAAAAAUGAGUUGGAAUAAUAAUUUGUUUCUAGAUUGAUGAUUGAGAGAUAAAAUUUAGAGAGUAAAUUGUAAACAUAAAGUUCAGCUGAAACUUAAAAUCUUUAAUACUAAUUAAAAUCUUUGUAGUAGGAAUUGAAUUAAUAUCAAUAAAGAUAUUAACAAAUGGAAUAAUAAUUUAAUUAAUCAAAAUUAGAGAUUAAUUAAAUUAGAUCUUAGUAGUCAAAUGUGAAUUAAGAUUAAGUGAAGAAAUGGUAAAUUAGAAUAACUGAAUUAGAGCAUGAAAAUUAAACUCUGAAUAUUGAGAUUGAAAGAUAGAAAAAUAUUAGGAAAGACUAAGAAAAUAAAAUUUAAAAAUUGAUAGAAAACAUAACUGAAUUGGAAUCAAGAAUGCAUAUAUUGGAAUAAGAAAAUGCAAGAUUGGAGACUAAAAUGAAAAAAUAAAUAAUAAUUGAUAAACCAAGUGAUUAAUAUAUUGUUAAUUAACUUUUGGGAUAAGCAAGUUCUUAGUCUAAAUCAAACUUAAUUACAAACACAAUAAAUGUUUAAAAUGUUUAAGGUACUGGUAUAGUAACUAGAUAAUCUGGAAUGAACUAGAUAAAUUAAGUUCCUUCAUCAUAUAAUUAAUAUUAUGAUUAGUAAAGAUUAUAAUCAUAGAAUGAAAUAAGGCAAUCUCAAUUUUCUUAGAGAAUGUAAAGUCCAUAGCCUCAAGUUUCAAAUUAUCUGAGUCCAGAUAAGAAGUAAGAAUUAAUAAUUAUUAUUAAUUAGAUUCUAACCUCAAAAGAUGACAACUACAAAGAGUGUAAAAUAGGCAAUAAUGUCAUAAUCGAAUUAAUGAAUGAAG